CACGGGCUGAGCCCCUCCCGGGGCGGAGCCGACGGGGCGGCACCUGGUCCCGCCUCACCUGGAGCCGCCGCUUUAAAGGCGCGGGGCGGGGCAGGCGGGGCGAGAUGGAGCCGCCGCGUCCCCCUCGCCCCGCCGCACAGAUGGGGCCGCCGCGGGGCCGCCUGCCCGGGCUCUGCCUCCUGCUCCUGCUGCAGGUGGGCUGGCAGCUGGGCGAGCCGGCGGAGCCGUGCCGGGCUGGCUUUGCCUUGGAGCGGUUCGCGUUCGUGGUGCCCCGUGCGCAGCUGCUCCGGGGCCAGGUCCUGGGCCAAGUGAGGUUUGAGGACUGCACGAGAUGGAAGCUAGCGCUGUACGAUGCAGAUGAUGCUGACUUCCGGGUGCUGGCGGAUGGGACGGUCCUGGUGAGACACCAAACCCAGCUGCCUGGGCAGGGGAAGACUUUUACUGUGAGUGCCUGGGAUUCCACGGGCAAGAAAUUCUCUGCUUCAGUGACUGUGAAGAACCAAAGCCCUCGCUCAGCACAGGAAUCUGCUCCAGGCCACCCAGCAGAGGUGCUGAUGUUCCCACAGGCCAGACCUGGUCUGCAGAGACAGAAGAGGGACUGGGUGAUCCCUCCGAUAAGGGUUCCUGAAAAUGAGAGGGGCCCGUUCCCUAAAAAGCUGGUUCAGAUCAAAUCCAAUAGGGAUAAAGAGUCCAAGAUCAUCUACAGCAUCACAGGGCAAGGUGCAGACACCCCUCCCAACGGCAUCUUCACCAUCGAGGCCAAGACCGGCUGGAUGAUGGUGACUCAGCCCUUGGACAGAGAAGACAUCGACAAAUACCACCUCUUCUCUCAUGCCGUGUCUGAGAAUGGCAAACCUGUGGAGGAGCCCAUGGAGAUCAUCAUCACCGUGACUGAUCAGAACGACAACAAACCCCAAUUCACCCAGGAGCUCUUCAAAGGCUCAGUCCUGGAAGGAGCACUGCCAGGUACCUCUGUGAUGCAAGUAACUGCCACAGAUGCAGAUGAUGCUAUAGAGUCCUACAAUGGGGUCAUUGCAUACUCCAUCCUGAACCAAGAGCCUAAGGAACCCCAUCCCCAGAUGUUCACCAUCCACAGAGCCACUGGAGCCAUCAGUGUGAUUGCAAGUGGCCUAGACAGAGAGAGAGUGAGAGAAUACACGCUGACGCUGCAGGCUGCAGACCUGGAUGGGGAAGGCUUAACAGCCACUGCAUCCGCUGUGAUCAAGAUUGCGGACACCAAUGACAACGCUCCUGUGUUUGACCCCAGAACGUACACCGUGGCGGUGCCAGAGAACGAAGCGGGGCGCGAGGUCCAGAGGCUGACCGUGACAGACACAGACGAGGUCAACACAGCAGCGUGGCGGGCUGUGUACACCAUUGUGCGAGGCAACGAAGGAGGUUUCUUCACCGUCACCACGGAUCGCGAGACCAAUGAGGGCAUUCUGCGAACAGCCAAGGGCUUGGACUUUGAGGUGAGAAGCCAGUUCAUCCUCUACGUGGCAGCCACCAAUGAGGAGCCCUUUGUCGUGAAGCUCUCAACCUCCACGGCCACCGUCACGGUGAACGUGGAGGAUGUGAACGAGGCACCUGUCUUCGACCCACCCAUCAGGACAGCCCAGGUCUCGGAGGACGUGCCUAUUGGGCAGAAAAUCACCUCCUACAUGGCUCAGGACCCAGACAAAAUGCAGAGUCAGACAAUCCGGUACCGCAUUGGGAAUGACCCCGCGGGGUGGCUGGAGAUUCACCCAGAAAACGGCAUUAUAACGGCAAAGGCCCAGCUGGACAGGGAGGCUGUGUUUGUGAAGAACAACACCUACACGGCCAUCGUGCUGGCAGUGGACGAUGGUGCCCCUCCUGCCACUGGCACCGGCACCUUGCUUCUGACUCUCCUGGAUGUGAACGACCAUGGGCCCGAGCCAGACCCUCGGGAGAUCACUGUCUGCAACCAGAAUCCAGUGCCACAGGUCCUGACCAUCGUCGACAAGGACCUGCCCCCAAACACCUCCCCCUUCAGAGCAGAGCUCCUCCAUGGAUCUGGUGCGAGCUGGGCUGCUGAAAUGGACAGCAAAGGGGAGAGGCUCACCUUGAAGCUGCUGGAGCCGUUGAAGAAAGACGUCUACCAAGUUUACCUGCAGCUCUUUGACAACCAGAACAAAGACCAGCUGACUGUUCUCAAGGCAGAAGUGUGCAACUGUGAGGGGCAUGCAGAGACAUGCCCCAAGGAGCAGCUGCCUGUUCCAGGGGUCCCCAUCAUUCUGGCCAUCCUGGGGGCUAUUCUGGCCCUACUGAUCCUCCUGCUGCUGCUGCUGCUCUUCGUGCGGCGGAGGAAGGUGGUGAAGGAACCCUUGCUGCUCCCCGAGGACGACACCCGGGACAACGUCUUCUACUACGGCGAGGAGGGAGGUGGCGAGGAAGACCAGGACUAUGACCUCAGCCAGCUGCACCGCGGCCUGGAGGCUCGCCCCGAAGUCCUCGUCCGCAAUGAUGUGGUGCCAACCCUGCUACCAGCUCCCCAAUAUCGGCCUCGACCUGCCAACCCCGAUGAGAUCGGAAACUUCAUUGAAGAGAACCUGAAGGCGGCCGACACUGACCCCACCGCCCCGCCAUACGACUCCCUGCUGGUGUUUGACUACGAGGGCAGCGGCUCCGAGGCGGCCUCGCUCAGCUCCCUCAACUCCUCCGCCUCGGACCAGGACCAGGACUACGACUACCUGAAGGACUGGGGCGGCCGCUUCAGGAAGCUGGCCGACAUGUACGGCGGGGGCGAGGACGAGUAAGGGGGGUGGCCAGAUGCCAUGUGCCCACCCACCCACAGAGCAGCUUCUGCCGGGAUGCCGGAUUUCUCUCCGGGAAGCUCCGCAGAGCAGCUUGUCUUGCAUGGGGCAACUGGCAGGCUGGAGCCUCAGUGGGCAAACUCUCUGGCCUGGGUCCCUUCACAUGAGAUCUUCAAGCUUCUUGGAGAGGAAAUAGGCCCAGCUCUGGCUCCUGUUGGGCACCUGUCUCUCAUGCCACCUUUGUGGCUGAACCAUGUGUGUGAGAUGCUUCCUGGAGCUGAGGAGCCUAGUGUGACUUUCCUGGAGGCUUGCAAACAGCCUUGUACCCAGACCCAACCAUGCCUGGAAGCCUUUACGCAGCUGCUGGUGCCUUUUGGAUCUUAAGACACACUUGCCUGCCAGGGAAAAUAAAAGCCUGUCUUAUGAAUCCUUAACUCCUAGAAUAUCCCAAAGGCCUGGAGACCUCUGGCUCCUGAUUCCGAACCGUGGCUGGAUUGCCUCCUUGUGUGAAGUUUGUCAAACUCCAGCACCAGGGUAACAGUAUCCGUGCAAGGUGCUGUACCCCAAUCAGUCCAGUAGGCUGCCGGCCAGCUACCCAUGCAACUGCCUUCCUGCUCCAACCACUCGACUCUUAAUGCCCUGCUGCUAGCCCUGUUCCGUACAAAACGUUUGACUACUGCCUUUUAUAUCUUCCUAGGCCACCCUCUUUUCUUUUGUACUGUGUAUAAAGUAAGUUAGUGUGAGGCUAAAGCAUGGGGCAAUGGGUGAUGUAACUUUUUAAUAAAGGAAGUUUGAUUUUUGUUUUUA